GCUUCUGGUCAGUUGUCCGUGGUCAUAAUAAAGCGAUUCACUGUGGUGAUGACUCUGAUGUCCCAGUCAGAGUUGUGUUUCCUAAAAACACCAUAUAAUUGGUUCUAAUGUCUUAGCAGUGCCAUGCAAACAUGUAUCAUUUUGGUCCCUGGAUACAUUGAGUAAUACCUCAAAAAGGCAUGCGGCUGUUCACUGAGGUGAAACUGGUGUUAAUAAUAUGCCUAACCUUAAAUUCAGAACCAUCCUAUCAAUGGAGAUGUAAUUGGUUUCCUUUAAAUGAACACUUGUUUUAAUGGCCCACCGGGCUCAUCCAGUUCCCUCCCUUCAAAGCGCAUAAAAGACUAGAUGUUGAAUUGCUGCAGCAAUGGAGACGCAAUACUUGACGUAUCACUGCCACUCUUGUUUCCAGCUAUUUGUUACUCUGGCUUCUAUCGGCCUUUGGCACCGUCAUGUGAGAACCACCCUUCUCCCACCGCGGGCCCAGUACGGUGAGGAAAUAGGUGGAGUUUUCCCAACGUGGUCAUUUGCAAUGGAGAUGUCCCCCCGCAGAAGGGAUUUUUUUUAGCACAUAUCCGCCGUAAGACGGGUUUGCUUUGAGGAUCGCUGCGCUCAUUCAUCCCGCUCGUAAAGCCGAGCUGAGCCCGGUAGCCCAGAGCGCACCGUUCAGCCGGGCCGUUUCCUACUCGAUUCUGAUGCUGAUGGCCUCGUUAAGGCGGCUAUUGGCCCCUUUUCUCUGCGGUCCGCGGGGAGCCCUGCCACGGCCAUCUUCAUGGUCACACCACCUGCGGGCAUCCAGAGGUGGCAAACUAAACGAACCCGCGGGGAUCCCGAGGGUGGGAACGCUUGGUUUCUUAGCGCUGGAUAGGCGUGGUGUUUAAAACUCCAAAGAACAUCUCACCUCCGACUGUGCUGUUGUGUGUCCUGCAACAUCAGAUGAUUAAAAUACCGGGGGGGGGGGGACUUUAACCUCAUCGCGCACACACACAGACAUGCAUGUGUGUGACAUGUGAUGCAGGGCAAGAGUGCGAAAAGUUUGUGUAUUGUUUUAUUUUUUUUGUUUGGGGGGGGGGGUAUUUGUAUGAGGUAUGUAAGUUGGUCACUCAAUCUUGCAAUUUAACAAAUUGAACGCAACGGAUUUGUUAAAUUCAACAAUUCGAGCUUCCUUUGCAUGAUCAGGCCGUGCGCACUUCACCAAUACCCAAAAAGCCCCCCUGCCCCCCUCCCCGAUCUAUGUGCUUGCCUCCUUGGCGCCCCACGGCGAGGGACCCCUCUGAUAGGUCCAGAGGGUUAAUGGGACUGGCCUGCAGGACAGUGAUCUCCCAAGGAUAUAAAGGCUGAGCACUCCUAUUCCCAACUAGUCGUUACACGAGGUUUGAGAAGGACCGGACUGCUGGUGCGCCUUUACGCACGAAUAAGGGCCUCUUGGUUUUUUACGCUCGGCAAACUAUUCAUGCAUCUUUGGCACAGUUGAGUGUUUUUUCAAACGCGUUUUUUCCCCCACAUUCUGCGGGUGAACAUGACUCUGUCUGGUGAGUUUGAAGCUUCUCAACACGCUACUUUGCCUUUGGAAGAGGAUGAGAUUGACAUUGUGGGCGAGGACGAGCCGACCCACGGGCACUUGUAUCCAAACGAGUGCUCCACGGAGCACGGGUCCUCGGCAGAAUCCGGUGCUGAAUUUGACUCCUCGGAGCCAGACUCCUCGGGGGAGAGCGAGAACAGUUUCUGCGCAGACGCGCCGGCGUCCAGGAAAGCGCAGAGCAGCUCGGUGAAGCCCCCCUACUCUUACAUCGCCCUCAUUACCAUGGCCAUCCUGCAGAGCCCGGUGAAGAAGCUGACGCUGAGUGGCAUCUGUGACUUCAUCAGCAACAAGUUCCCUUACUACAGAGAGAAGUUCCCCGCGUGGCAGAACUCCAUCAGGCACAACCUCUCCCUCAACGACUGUUUCAUCAAGAUCCCGAGGGAGCCGGGAAACCCUGGCAAAGGUAACUACUGGUCCCUGGACCCUGCCUCGGAGGACAUGUUUGACAACGGAAGCUUCCUCCGGCGAAGGAAGCGCUUCAAGAGAAACCAGCCCGAGUUUGGCAAAGACGGACUUGGAGUGUUUUAUUCCAACCUGAACUGCUACCGGCCGUACGGUCAACCCUACUGCGUACAGGCCCAAGUGAGCCCCCCGCCCGCUGCUCCCAUCCGCUACAUGCCUCUUCAGGAGGGCAUUAUGAUGCCCCCUUCCUCCUAUCACCUUUUGCCACAUACUUUGAACAGUCACGGGAAGUGCAGCGGGCCUAAAGACUUCAGAGCGCAGCUUUGCGCAACGCAGCCCGCUGAGCCAAAGCCUGGCCCGCAGGCGAGGUGCUCCUUCAGCAUUGACAGCAUCAUGAGCAAACCCUCCCUGCAGCAGGGCCCUCGCUGCGCCCUUGGGUACGGUCACCUCGUGGCGGGCCCCGCCACUUGUUUGGUUCCGACUCUCCUGCAGGCCGCCAGGACUCCGUUCUGCCCGCCGGCCGCGCUGGGCGCUCCUUCUUUAAGAAACGAGCACCUCAGACUGUCUUACCAUCUCUGUUGAAGCCCUCACAGUGUCUGGACGCGCGGAGACACGUCGGUGGGGCUCAUUUCUUAAAGAAAUGUUUUGAUUGCAUGAUAUUUAUGUGCGUUGACAUUCAAAGUUAUGUCUUUAAAAAGAAAUCUUUAAAUAAGAAGAGUGGUAAUAUAUAUAUAUUUGUGAGACUUGUUGCGGUUUAUUGCAUUGUUGUGUUUGUGUUGGUAAUUCAUGUCGAAAUAAAUGUCUGAAAAAUA